AUGUUCAGCGUCACAAGUAUGUCCUCCGACGUCCUCAAAGACGCUUUCAUCGCCACAGUUUCCAGGGAUUAUGAAAAGUUUGUUUCUUGUUCUUGUGUGUUCUGGGAAUCAGGGAAAAUUAUUUUUUUUUGAUUGAAAUUAUGUAUUAAUAUUGUAUAGAUCCUUCUGUUUGAGUAAAAAAUAGACUGACUUGUUGAGAGAAAAAAACGCUGCGAAGUUCCCAAAAACUUUUUUUAAUGAGCGGAAAGAUUUUUUAUUUUUUGAAUUUUCGAAAUGUAAUUUAAUGUAAUUUGAGUUGAAACUUGUAUAAAAUUUGUAUAGAUCGUCCUUUUAUAGUUCGAAAAAGACUUUUUUUUUCCAUCAACCAUUUAUAAUCUUUGAAAAAAUCAAUUAAUCAUAAUGCGUCACGUUUUUUUAAAGCUUUUCUCAUAUUUCAAAAGAAUUUUCUGGGUUAAAAUUACUGAAAAAAAGGAUGAGAGGUUUCUAAGCUUUUUUUCGAAAAAAAUUUGAUUUUUCAUAGCGUUUAUCAAAAUAUAAACUGGACGUGCCCGGGACGAUUCAGGGCAUUUCUAGGGAUCACUUAAGUAAAAAAAAAGAGUCUCAUUUGGAAUUUUUCCGUUUUUCAGGAGACUAUACAGCCAAGAAUGCCAUUUUCAAGAGGUUUUUCUCAAAAAAGAAAGAAAAUAAAUUUAUUAUCGCAAGAAGAAAUAAAUAAAGAAGAUGAUGUCAUUUGCAGAGCAGUCAACGUGAUUCGAAGCGCCGUCUCAACGGAGCACGCUUUCAACGUCGAAGAGUUGGAGCUGAUCGACCACGUCUAUUCCUGUAUUCUCAACACUUCUCAUUACGAUGAGUCGCUCAUCGAGGUCAGAAAAUUGAGAAAGUUCCGAAAAACCUAUGUUGCUCGUGUCAUGCUAGAAAAGCUGGUCGGUUUCUCAUGAUGACCAUUUUUUUAAUCUUUCAAAGUUUGAAAAAGUUUUUGAAUGUUAUUAGGAUUUUUAUUUUUGUAACGCAAAUUCAUAAUAUGAAUAGUUUCGAAGUCUGAUUUUCAGAGAUCUAAUCGUUAAAUUUGCGAAAUCCCCAUUUUUUUCCAAAUUUUUUUCCAUUUUUUUGCCGAAAAAUUGCUCUCAAAUAAAAUUAAAAAUUUUUUUUUCACACAAUUUAUUUCGAUUUCAUGUCAAAAAGAAAAAAACAAUUUUUUUAAAGUUUGCUCAAAAAAACACAAAAAAAUCUCCACGUUAUUUUUUCAAAACUUCCAAAAUAAUCAAAGUCAAGAAUUCUGCGCAUUUUGGAAGACGUCUUCAAUUCUAAAUCGAAAGAAAUUCUCAAAAAUAUCAAAAAUUGACCCGAAAACUUCAAAUUCCUAAAAUCAGUAGAGAAUUCAAAAAAUUGAUUUGGAAAGGGUAAUGAAACAGUAAAAAUUGAUAAAUUCAAACAAGACAGACUCUCUCAAAAUUUAAUUUACCAGGGAAUUUUUUCGGAAGAAGUGUAAUUUCAAUCUCUCGAACAUUAACAGUUGAUGCGCAGUCUUUGACCUUACUGUGGAGUCAGAGUAACAGGAAAAUAGCACAUAAAAAUGAGAGGUUCGACAGAGAAUAGAUAAGCCCGAGUAUAAAAUAAUGUUCGAUUUUUCGAAAUGUUUUACCAUGGCUUACUCGCUGCGACUCGGCUUUCCUGAUCUGUCUGCGCUCUCUUUUCUCUUACCGGCGAGAGCACAGAGACGUUGAAAUAGCACGUAAAAAUGAGAGAUUCGGGAGAGAAAAGAGAGCAGGAAAAUAUAGACGUAUUGAGUCUAGUUCCCCAUCAUUCCUUUCUUGGAAAAACAUUUUUUACUAAUAGUAAGAUGUUCAGGUCUGCUGGGAAUGGAUCGACGCAAUAGAAAGGAGGCCAAGAAUCGCCGACCCAAGAGUCAUUUCCAGCUCACAACUUAGUAUCUACUACGCCUAUCAUACAGUAAGCUCAGGGAAAAAGAAGGGAACUGAAAUAUUUCAGAUUUGUCGCGUUCAAGAAAGAAUGCCGAAACGGGUCACAUAUCCACAAACGAGAACCGACACUUGGAACCGAAUUACGCAGAGUUUUAGGUGCGUUUCGAAAUGAACAUCUGCUAGAAAACGCGACGCAGCCGUCCCGCGUCGUGAUUUUUCAAAAACCACUUUUUAGACAACUUUACUGAAUCGCUAUAAAUAUUAAGUUUAUUUUUUUAUUUUUGCUUCUCGCUGAUGUACGUUACGUUGACUGAAGAAUUGAAAAAUUGAAAAAAAUUUUUUUCAAACAUUUUUGAAAUCUUUGAAAUUUAAGUUUGAGUUCGAAUUUUAAUUUUUACGGCACUUUUCAUUUAUUUUCUUACUAUGAUCAUUUGCUUAUUAAAUCCCUGAGAAAAAUUGACAGACUCAGAAAAAAAAAAUACAUUGCAAGUUUUAAUGAAAAAUCCAGAAAAUUCACAAUUUCCUAAGUACUUUGUGGGGGGUUGAUUAUUUGAAGAACUUUUUUCCAAAAUUCAUCUAUUUAUAGUUAGUUGUAGUUUUCAAGGUUUUCUAUUUGAUUCUCAAGAGUUCGGCAUCUCUAAACGUUCAAAAAAUACGGUGUGAAUUGGCCACAUUUCCAGUUACUUAUGGAAAGCCGCGACGCAACUCUGGAAGGCCUACGAACUGGACCGUCUCGACGUCCUCUGCAGCUGGUCUUAUCUCUGUCUCCAGUUCGCCGACGCCGUCACCGACGACGUCCUGUCCAUCAUUGAGGUAAGCGACGCCGCCGGCUUCCGUGGCGCAAUAGGCAGCGCGUUCGGCUGUUAACCGAAAGGUUGGUGGUUCGAGCCCACCCGGGAGCGAGACCUUUUUGCCGCGUUGUUAGCACCAUUUUUUGGCCUUUUUCUUUUCAAAUCGUUAAUUGUUCGAUUGUAGACUUCAAUGGAAAGUGCCCGAUCGGUUUUGUCAAGUACAAUCGUCGUCGAAAACUCACAUCAGGCCAAUCAGCGAGUUUGUACGGUGGAGCGCAACGCAAAGGAUUGCAGAGCCUUGGCUGAGAAAUACGGUCGGAAAUUGGUUGGUUUUCCGAGUUUUUAUCAAUCCAAGUAAAUUGUGUCACUUUCUCUAGUUUUCCUGACAUUUCUGUUCCGAAUCUUGGAUUUUAAAAUGAUAGAGUUGUGAAAAUUUUGAUGAGUUAAAUUUUGUUGAAAGUUUCAAUUUUGAAAAAAAGGCAAGGUGGUCACAAAUAGAAGGGCUCAAUGCGUCUUGUACUGUACCUAAUAACGAGCUCAGGCGCAAGUCGUUUUCGGUCGGGCGAACUAAGAAAAAAGCGCUCAGCCUGAAGGUUUGAGCCAUUUUCAUGGGAUCUUAGUUCGUGAAAAAAAGUUUUUGAAGUGUCAAGUGUUUUUUACCAAAACGGUCUCAAUUUGCCAUCCCUUCAGAAAUUUCGAAUAUCCCUCAAUAAAUCAUUCUUUUUGAAUUCGAGGGUCAAUAUUUUCAUAACGGUCAAUAUUUGGUGAUAUUUACAAAUGGCGACUGUUGGGAAAGUCAAAGAAAACGACGAAAAACACUCAAUCGGACUGGUUUUUUUUGUUCAUAAUAAAAAAAGACGGCGUGAUGUUGUUUUUAGGUGACGUUUUGCAGGCAGGAAAUGAAGUGAAAUUGAACUGUUUCUUAUUGAAAAAUCAGUUUUUUCCUCGAAAUUGAGAUAAAAAAAUUGAAAAAGCGACAAUUCAAAAGAGCUUUUGAAACUUUUUGCCCAUGAAAAGCUAACGGCUAAUGAAGUGGCAUUUUAUUAAAGGCUAUAGUCGAUGCUCAGCAAAAUAUAUUUGAUACGUAGUAGGAUAUUUCUCAUUCAUACAAUAACUUCAAAAUUUUUGAGAUGACCCUAUUUUUUUAAAUUAAAAUUAUCAAAUUUUUCAAAAAACGGAUGUGUUGAUGCUAAGCGAAUUUAAUCCGAAAUUUUGAAUCUUCCCGUGUUUUCCUUUUUUUCUUUUGCAGUUGAUGCUCAGUCAAAUUUGCGCCCAAAGCUUAACUUUGAUACUCAGUAAAUAUAGGGAUGGCUACAAGUAAUUCAAAGUUUUUUCCAUUUUUCUUCAACAAUUUUGAAGUAGAACUACUUUUUUGGAAUUCUAAAGUUGAUGCUCGGUCCAAUUACAGUUUUGAAGUGCCUUCUAACUGAUUCAGUCUCUUUUUACAAGUUUGCACUUUUUUCCUAAGCCCGACCUUUACAGUUGUUUCUCAACGAAUUUUCAGCUACCAAGCUCCCUUGUGAAACAAGAAGUGAUCACUGAAGUGGUGGCUGCUGACGAAGAAGAAGAGGCGGCGGAGGAAGACGAAGAAGAUGACGUCACCGGCGAGGAAGAAGACGACGAGCCUCUCGGCAAGAAACGCAAAGAAGACCUCUGA